GCAGUAACCCCCACCCAGUUACAUGAGUCUCUCUCUUCGCUGCACCGGCAGGUUGGAAUCUGCUGGAAGCGCGUUGUGAAGUGAACGGAAACCUGCCCGCAGCUAAAAUUCGCGCUUCAACACAAUGAGGCCGAGCGUGUGCAACGUGUCCUCCUUGGGCGAUGGGGGCUGACGGGCAGAUGUUGCCCGAAUGCUCAUUAAUCAAAAGACUCUUUCGCCCCGGACCCCACUAGGUCUUGGGCAGAGUCUCGGCUACAGAGAUAUCGGGGCUAGGAGCCUCAAGGUCCUCUGCGCUCUCAGCAAGCAGCCGCGGCGUUCAAUCUAAGCACUGUGUCCUUGGUAGAAAAGGAAUCGAUGGUGUUCUGGAUGCUGGUUUUCAGAGAAGAUGCUCUUCGCGGUCCCGUGUCUCCCCGGGAAGAUAAUUGAGCGCCGAGCGCGAGCGCUGGGGUCGCCGGUCCGGGAGCCGCGGCAGCCUGCGCCGCGAGUGUAGACAACGAACCUCCCAGCCCUCUCUCCCCAAUUUGCCUUCCUGCCGCAGUCCGGGCCCAAAUUCUCUUCACUUACGAAUGCGGUGGGAUGCCUGCUGGGCCGACUGCCGCCCCGGCCCGGAGCCCUGGGCUCACUUCGCAGCCUGCCGCUGAGUUUCAGACCGCAGUCCUCAGCAUCCGCCCGGCUUCACCCCCUUGCCGAAGUCUGCAGAUCGAUGGAUGCUGGGCGCAGGCUUUCCCUGGGCGGGUUGACGUUGGCUUAGGCUAAAGCCCCAAAGCUCCCACCUUCGCCUCCUGUUUAUCUGCCCGCUCCCACCACUACCACCGAAGUACGUGCCCCUCCGGUAGUGUCGGGGCUCCGAUCCGAGCGAGGGGGAGGGCGCCUCCCCACCCCCUCCUGCCCAUCCCCGCCGCGACUCGGGGUUUUACUGCAGCAGCCGGAGGUGACAGCGACGCCUUAGCCUGCUCCGUUGCUCUCAGAGCCCCGGCUUCCCCUGCAUCCGGAAAGCACCCCCUCCUGAGAGGCUCUUCCCCGGAGAAGUGCUAACGAGCUACAGGAAACCAAAUUUAAAAAUGUAGAAGUCGCUGGGCUGCAUUCCUCCGAGGACGAGCCUGGUCGCCCAGGACUGAGAGUGGCAGCGUGUGGGAAGUUGGGACCAUAGAGCAAGGGGGGAGGGGAGUGGUGCAGCCGGCAUUCUCUUCUGGAAGGAGUCGUUGGGAGCAGUGCGGUUGGACACAAGUUUGCCUGGGAGUGUUUUCCUUUUGUCAAUAAUUAAUCACCGGAAUCAGUCUGGCAGAAUUGGAGUUUUAGCAAUAGUGCAGAGGGCGGGGCCGAACACCUAACUCUUGGAGCCUCGAGGUGCCCAGCGCAGUGGGAAGCUCGCAGCAGUUGGGGAGAAGCCAAAGCACUGGUGCUCACCUAAGCCGCAAGGAGAUACACCCAACUGGGAGGGCUCCAGAGAGAUCCCCUGUCCCUUAGACCAUGUGAGGACACAGCCAGAAGGUGGCAGCUAGGAACAAGAAGAGGACCUUCACCAGACCGCAACUGUGCUGGCGCCUUGAUCUUAGACUUCCCAGUCUCCAGAACCAUGAAGAAGCUGCAAUCCAGAGAGGAGAAGUAACACACACAGAAUCAUUCCUCAGGAAAGCAAGGACAAGAACCCAGACCUGGACCCUUCUAGGCAGGACAGACUUUCUGCAGCUUGAAGGAACCAGCCAUGGAUUUCAAACGUGUGAAGGACUAUUUCUCCUGGCUCUACUAUCAAUACCAAAUCAUUAGCUGCUGUGCUGUCUUGGAGCCCUGGGAGCGAUCCAUGUUCAAUACCAUCUUACUAACCAUUUUUGCUAUGGUGGUAUACACCGCCUAUGUUUUUAUCCCAAUCCACAUUCGCCUGGCUUGGGAAUUUUUCUCCAAAAUGUGUGGCUAUCACAGUACAAUUUCUAAUUGAUCUUGUUUGUAAACUGUGAACUGGCAUUACAUAUGUGUACGUUGCUUACAAUGUAUUAAUUUAGGUGAAUACUGUAGCUUCUUUCACUGUCUCACCUGAAAAGCUCUAUCCUCUCUAUGCACUCUUAUAUCCUGCCUGAAAUUUGAGAUAGAUGUCUCUUUAGGUUCUUUUGUACGUGCUACAUUGUGCAUCAGACCAUAGAUAACACAAUGACCUUACCUCACAUACCAUAUUCUCUCAGCUUAAAUCUAUGACUUUAGAUUUUGUUUUUAAUUGGGAAAUUUCAUAUCAACUUCUUCUGGGAAGUAGGCUCAUAAGAGACCUAUCAGAAUCAUAUUUAAAAUGCUCUCUUGAUACCUAUUCUAUAGUGAAGGAUAAGGAUAUAUUUUUUAAAAAAUUGUUCAUACACUACUGUCAAAAGUAUCCUAUCCUUGUUUACAAUAUACAAAAAGAUCUGAAUAAAUUAUAUAGACCCCCUAAAGUCUUAUUUUCUAGUAACCUGCUGAUACCUAAAAUUCUUUUACUUCAAGCACAAAAGAAUAGGUUGAAGGUAAUUAUCUCCUUUCAGACAUGGUUCAUGAAUUGUUUCAAAUGUCUCUAAAAGUAUGGCUUUAUAACAGUUUAAAAUCAACAAUGUUGAUUUUAGAUGACCCAGUAAGUAUUAUAAUACAAAAUCAUUUUAAGUGUAAGAAAAAAUAUACAAUCAAAGUAAAUUCAGAUUCUGUGACUUGUGAUGCUGCCUUGCCUUGCAUGAUGCUGGGGGAAAAGAGACAAGAAAUUGCAUCCUUUCUGUGCUUUCACUCAGUGGAGGGGUGGGGUGGGGGGAAUCAUAUAUUGGGCUACAGGAAGAAAAGCUAAUAAAUAGGCUGGAAGUAAUAUUCUACCAGCAGGAACUUGACAGCUCCAGUUAAAUGUUUUGAUACAGUGGCUCCUUUGCAGAGCAAAACCAAGAUUUAUUAAAUUUCCUUCAAAGUGUUUAUCUUAAAAACAAAUACAAGUUUUUAAUUAUACUGCUGAAUCAAAUGUGAAUGCCAAAGGCAAAACCUUGCAGUUUUUCUUUCCUCUCAAUAAAUCUUAAUGUUAGUAAUUCUGGAGGGUAAAAAUGUAAAUAGUUUUUGGACAAUAUUUGCACCCUUGUUUGUGUUAUGAAAAAAAAUUUUUCCAAGGAGAGCUAAAGAGAAAAAUGUUUGGCAUGCCAAAUUAGCUUGCAUGUUUGUUAAAAAAACAAAAACACAUGUUUUGAAGAUAAACCAGAUCUGAACAUGUAUGUGUUGAUUUUUGCAAAAUAAAUUAGGUUUAAUUUUAUAAAUAAAAUAUCCACCUUCAGAUUUGCUUUUUUCUCCUAUUGCACUAAAUAUCUAGGUGCUUACAUCCAUAUUUCUCUGCAAACAUCAUUUCUUAGUGAUCCAAGGUGGUAACUGAUCUUAAGAUGGUAGGGUAAAACUACUGAUAUAUUUAUCAAGAGUCUUCUCCAUGGUGGACAUGUUUUACAUGUUGAAGUAGGUUUUAAGGUCUCCCAGUUACAGGUAAGGGACCUAGAACUUGGAAAAAGUACAUUUCUUGUUCGAGGUCCUUUAACUACUAGUGGCAAAGCCAGGAAGCAAAUCCAGGUCAGGACCACACUGGGACCUGAAAUAUUUGCCACAUGGAAGCCCAUGGAAGGACAAUGUGAGCAAAUGAAAGUUAAUGGGCUGGGGAUCCCAAACAUGUUAGAAAGCAGAACGCCAUCAAUAAAAGGGGUGAGGGGCUGAGGAGACAGCCAAGGUUGGAGGAACAAGCUCAGCUUUUGCGGCUUAGCGGUGCUGUGUUCACCCAUUUCUAUGCUGUCCAGGCCCAUAGGCCUCUUUUAAAAGAAUGCUUCACUUUUAAAUAUUUAACAGAGGAUUCUCAGUUAAGCUUGAACUUGAAUGCGUUCCCAGUUCACAAUGAUUCAACACCCUUAUAUACAUGGACCCCUGCUAAGUACUCUUGGAAUUCAAUCACAAAGAUACUACACUGACCUUCUAAAAAUCCUCCUUCUAAAAUAAGAAUCAAAAUAUUAUAAAUGUGAAUAGACACAGUAAAGCUUAAUAAAGGAUAUUGCAAAGCACUGCCCUAGGAUGUUACUUCAAAGGUAAGCAUUUCCUCUGAGCGAUCAAAAUAAUAAACACAGGGUCCAAAAAAUAUAAUCAAACAUAGUUUAGAAAAAACUAUCUGCAUGCAGAAGGGAAGAAAGCUCUACCUGCUCUGCUCUGUCGAUUUUCUAGACUAAGCAGAGAUGCUCUUUACCUUGACCAUAGUUAGCCUAGAUUAGGAACAUUUAUAUGCUUUUCUUUUGCUUCUAUUAUUUGUAUAUUUCAAUGGUAU